CUCGCUUGGCGGCCAUGUUAGCUGCUCUUGGUUUUGUUCACAGUCAAAGACUCUGGAGUGGGGAAUCAGGGUUGUGGUACCGGGUCCGGAAAGCUCGAUAGUCGUGGUCCCGCUCCAUAAUCACGGCUGUUCGACUCCACGGCCUGUAUGACCCGCGGCAAGGCCAAAACAGGAACCCCCGUGCCAGUGCCCCGGGCUCCCUCCUUGUCUGCCACUCCCGCCCCGUCCCGCCCAAAGAGUCUGAUGGCGGCGCCCGCACGGAGGCGCCCGGCUGAGGUUUCCAUGGCAGCAGAAGUGCUUUUGGAGCCUACACAGGGAUGUGUGACCUUUGAGGACGUCGCCCUUUAUUUUUCCUGGGAGGAAUGGGAGCUCCUUGAUGAGACUCAGAGAUGCUUGUACCAAGAUGUGAUGCUUGAGAACUUUGCACUUACAUCCUCGCUGGGCUGUUGGAGUGGAGUGGAAGGUGAUGAUGUACCUUCUGAACAGAGCAUUUAUUUAGAAGGAGCAUCACAGAGCAGGACUUUUAUAGCAGGUUCAGAUCUCCAGAAGAUCCAGCUCUUUGAGAUGUGUGGGCCGAUCCUGAAAGAUAUUUUACACUUGGCUGAGCAUCAGGGAACACAUCUUGGGCAGAAAACAUACACAUGUGAGAAACUGUUCUUCAUGGCCAACCUUCAACAGUACAGGGAGCAACACAUUAGAAAUUCUGUGGACAGAGCUUUGUUUACAAAGAGCUGCAGAGUCUAUGCGUCAGAGAAGCCCUUUAUUUGUGGGGAGAUUGGGAAGGACUUUUUAGCCAGGCUGCAAUUCUUUCAUCAACAGAUCACUCACACUGGGAAGAAGCCAAACAACAGUAAUGAGUGUGAGGCUGCCUUUCACAGUGGAAAAAGUCUUCACAGCUGGGGAGAAUGUGAGAAGACCUUUAGGUGCACAGACACACUUGCUCAGAACCAGAGAGUCCUCGCUCAAGAAGGGCUUUAUGAAUGCAGUAAAUGUGGAAAAGCCUGUACCCGAAGAUGUAACCUAAUUCAGCACCAGAAAGUUCACAAUGGAGAAAGGCCUUUUGAAUGCAGUGAAUGUGGGAAAUUCUUUACCUACUAUUCCAGCUUCAUUAUACAUCAGAGAGUUCACACUGGAGAAAGGCCUUAUGAGUGCAAUGAAUGUGGGAAAUCCUUUAGCCAAAGCUACAGACUCAAUAGUCAUAGGAAAGUUCACACUGGAGAAAAGCCCUAUAAGUGCAGGGAAUGUGGAAAAUCUUUUAGCCAAAGGUCCAAUCUCAUUCAACAUCAAAGAGUUCACACUGGAGAAAGGCCUUAUCGGUGUAGUGAAUGUGGGAAGUCCUUUACCCAAAACUUUAGCCUUAUUUACCACCAGAGAAUUCAUACUGGAGAAAGGCCUCAUCACUGUGGUGAGUGUGGGAAAUCUUUUAGCCGAAGCUCCAGCCUCAUUCACCAUAAGAGACUACACACUGGAGAAAGGCCUUAUGAGUGCAGUAAAUGCGGGAAAUCCUUCAAGCAAAGCUCUAGCUUCAGUUCACAUAGAAAAGUCCACACAGGAGAAAGGCCUUAUGAGUGUUUGGAAUGUGGAAAAUCCUUUAGCCAUAGCUCCAACCUCAAGAACCACUGGAAAGUUCACACUGGAGAAAGGACUAUUGACUGCAGUGAAUGUGGGAAAUCCUUUAGCUGCAAAUCUAACCUUGUUAAACACCUGAGAGUUCACACUGGAGAAAGGCCUUAUGAGUGUGGGGAAUGUGGCAAAUCCUUUAGCCAAAGUUCAAGCCUCAUUCAACACCGAAGAGUUCACAGUGGAAAAAAGCCUCAUGAGUGCAUUGAAUGUAGCAAAUCCUUUAGCUGCAAAUCUGACCUCAUUCAACACCACAGACUUCACGCUGGAGAAAGACCAGAAAAACACAGCAAGGAUGAAAUUAUUUCUUGUUUGGCACUGGAGCAGUUUAUGAUCAGUAGGCACUGCAGUGACAGGUCCAUGUUGAAGGAGAAAUGGGAAGCAAGUGGCAGAAACCUGGAGACAUUCAUGGAAAGCCUGAGUGAUGAUUGCCUGAAGCCCCCUGGCUUGGUCCAUGUCCACAUGCGGGGACAGGAAGCCCUCUUUUCUGACACUGUGCCCUUAAGAGAAGUCAUUGUUCACUUUAAGAAACAAUUGUCAGCAGAAACCCCAACAGUGGCAAAUGUGGGAACACUCCCCUCGACUGCCCAAGAUGCUUCUCUGCAAAGAAGACAAGGAGAUGAAGAUAAAGAAAAUGGUAGCAACAUUUCUUUGAAAACUACUGAAGAAAAUGUCAAUAUUACUAGUCAAGACCAUCAAACACCUCCCCUGCUCAUUAUCCAGGGAGAGAACCAUCCUGAGCCUGGCGGGGGAGAUGUUUCUUUGGAGAAUUCACUCAGCUCCAGAAGAGCAAGUCUAGGCAGCUCCAGGUCCCAGGGAGGGUCCCCAAAAGGACCCUGUAAUCAAGAUGUCCUCAUGGAGGUGAGACCAGCAUUCCUCUCCAGGCUGUACCAGGUUACCCCUGAGCCCAUUCCUACCCACCAGAGCAAUGCUGGAAGCUCCACAUGUUGGGGAUCUAAAGAAAGAUUCCAAAGAGCUCAAAGGUCAUACCGAUGUAAGAAGUGUCCCAAGAUCUUUAGGUGUUUCUCUUGGUUAAAAGUCCAUCUUAGAAGACACAAUAAUGAGAGGAUAUUUAUUUGUGCUGUGUGUGACAAAGGCUUUUUCCAGGCCUCAGACCUACACAUGCAUCGGAAGAUUCAUCUGGGAGAGAAGCCUUUCAGGUGCAGCACCUGUGCCAAGUCCUUCAGCCACAGAACCAACCUUCUGGCUCAUGAGAGAAUCCACACGGGAGAGAAGCCCUAUGUGUGUUCUGUGUGCCAGAAAUGCUUCCGCCAGUCAUCUACCUACCACCGCCACCUGAGGAUGCACCAGAGAACUGCUUUCAGACGUGUUUCCUCUAUACCUGAAGCUUCCUCUAUCGCCAGAGGUGUGGUCCCCGCUGUGCAGGGGUGCGUCCGAAGCUUGGCCACUGGCAGCGGGCUGAAUUGGGGCCUCAGAGCCUCGCAGCCUCCACUCAGCCCACAGAGUCCGCUGGCCUCGGCCGCCCUGAGGCUCCCAGCUGAGGAUAUGAACUUUGUGGACGUGGCCAUUGCCUUCUCCCAGGAGGAGUGGGGACUCCUUGAUGAGGCUCAGAGACUUCUGCACUGCGACGUGAUGCUGGAAAUCUUUGCCCUUGUAGCAUCCGUGGGUUGUUGGCAUAAAAAGGAAAAUGAGGAGGCCUCUUCUGAGCAGAGGGUGUCUGUAGAAGGAGAGUCACAGGUCGGGGCUUCUAAGACAGCUCCAGCAACCCCGAAGACCCAUCUCUGUGAGCAGUGUGUCUCAGCCUUGAAAACUGUUUUGCACCUGACUGAGUUCCAAGCAGCAUACCUUGAGCAGAAAGCAUUCUUCAGUGACAUGUGUGUGAGAGGCUUCUGUAUCAGUGCAAACCAUCACCAGCAACAGAGGCCUGCCAGAGGAGAGAAGCUCUGGAAAGGUGGCAUGGACAGGGCCUGGUUUGUGACCAGGUGCAGGUGCCAUGUAUCAGAGACACCUCUCACCAGUAGGGUGGUUGGGAAGGACUUCCUAGCCAUUUCAGGCCUUCUCCAGCACCAGGCUACUCCUAAUAGUGAGGAACCUCACAAUGGUGGGGAAGCCUUUCUCAGUGGAAAAAGUCAUCACCAGUGGAGUGAAUGUGAAAAAGCUGCCAGCCACAACCACAAACUUGUUCAACAUGAGGAUGUCUGCUCUGGAGAAUGGCUUUAUGAGAGUAGCAACUGUGGGAAAGCCUGCAGAAAGCUCUUUGACCUUAUUCAGUGUGGGAGAGCUCACCCGGUAGAAAAACCGUAUGAGUGCAGUAUUUGUGGAAAAUGCUUUAACCGAAAAUUUUUCCUCAUUCGACAUCAGAGUGUUCAUACGGGAGAAAAGCCAUAUGAGUGUAAAGAUUGUGGGAAGUCCUUCAGCCAAAGCUCUAAUCUCAUUCAACACCAGCGAGGUCACACUGGAGAAAAGCCAAAUGAGUGCAGUGUUUGUGGGAAAUGCUUUAGGUAUAAAUAUAUACUCAUUAAUCACCAGAGAAUUCAUACUGGAGAAAAGCCAUAUGAAUGUAGUGAUUGUGGGAAGUCCUUCAGGCAAAGCUCUGCCCUCAUUGAACACCAGAGAAUACACACUGGAGAAAAGCGAUAUGAGUGCAGUGUUUGUGCAAAAUGGUUUUGCCGCAAAUUUAACCUCAUUCAACAUCAGAGAAUUCACACUGGAGAAAAGCCAUAUGAGUGUAGAGAUUGUGGGAAAUCCUUCAGACAGAACUCUAAGCUCAUUGAACACCAAAGAGUCCACACUGGAGAAAAGCCUUAUGAGUGCAGUGUUUGUGGGAAAUGUUUUAGCCGCAAAUUUAACCUCAUUAAACACCAGAGACUUCACAAUGUACAAAAACCCAUAUGACUGUAGCGAUUAUGGUAAAUACUUGAGCUAAAAAUUAAUCCUCAUUCAACACCAGAGAAUUCACACUGGAGAAAAGCCUUGAGUGCAGUGAUUGUGGAAAAUGCUUUAACUACAAAUCUAACCUCAUUAAUUACCAGAGAAUUCAUACUGGAGAAAAGCCAUAUGCGUAUUGUCAAUGUAGGAAAUCUUUUAGACAAUGCUCCCAUGUUACUCAUCACCAUCAAGGUCAUUCUGGGAAAAAGCUUUAUGAGUGUAGCAAAUGUGGGAAAUCAUUUAGCCAUUAAUCUCCUUAAAUACUAGAGAGUUCAUACUGGAAGAAAUUAUUAAAUAUGCUGUGAAUGUUUUAUUUCCUCACUCCAUGUAUCAACCCAGGAAGAGGUAUCUUCCUCUGAAAUCCUUUUACCUGAAUUUGAAGCCCUUUUGACAGAACAUACACUGUGCUAGGUUCCUCAUAAGUUUCAGGUACAAGUACGGCUUUAAGAAGCUGCAUUCCACUUUCUAACCUGCCCAAGGGUAUUACCUGGUUGAUGUCAGUUUUUGUGGUUGAAGCCAUUUCACUACUACCACCUGUCCCAUCUGCCCAGUGUGCAUUAGUCACAAACAUAGUGUGCUCAGGGAAGCUGACCUCUAUUGUCUCUUUUUCUUGAAAAUUUAUCAAUUUUCUGAACUCUUGGCUUCAGGAAUGAAGUAUAUUCCUUUUUCUUUGAUUGGGGAAUGAACCUGACUCUGUUUUGUCUCAGAAAACCCAUCCUCAGCUAAGAAGCACUAUCUGUUUCACCACACUGUUGUUAUCAUAUUAUUCUGUGAUAAAUUUUUACAGAUUCUCUUUCAUCUACCUAGAAACUGCUUUCUGUACACUGCUCUGGUGUUUGAUCUUAUUCCAGUGGUCUCUUUGCUAUUGUACCUUUAAUUUUGGUGUAUCUAUUUAGUGUGUGAGAUGAUUUGAAAGUAGAAUUGUGAUCUGUCAAUACAGAGAUGAACAGAUUUUGUGGGGAAUGCAAACUUUUUAUGCUUCAGAAGGGGCAGAAUGAUGGAUGGAAGAAAAGUGCUCUUUGUCUAACAUUGAUUUAUUUUGUAUCAGUGCCCAAGGCCUUGAAAGAAAUACUGCAUGGCUUUUGGUCUGUAUUUGCAGCCUCAUUCUCUGAUUAUUGGGGAGGUUAAAGGUCACCCUGAAGAAGAGGCUUUUACUGUGCUUCUGUGAGCAACAUGAAUUUUAUUCCCUUUUUCACUUUUAUAUUAUGUAAUUCCCAGCUAUGUUGAGGGGAUAUCCUCCACAGGUUGUGCAAAGGACCCACAUGCCAUAAUGUACAAAAUUUUGUAGGCUGGUGUCAUUUAUUGUAAGCCUCUGAGGAUUAUGUGGAGCCACAAUUGGGACAGAAACACUGUAUUAAUAGUGAAUGGAAGAGACUGCAGUAAAUUAGAUGAAAGGUGCCUCUUCCAAACAUUCAUCCAUGAAUGUUUCAGGAACUCUGGCUUGUGUGAUCUGUGUGUACAGACAUUCUCAGGUCCCCAUAACUGUUUCCUGUAGCUGAAGUCACUGGCAGAGAAAAUAAUCUGAUGACACUGUGGAUUCUUCUGGCCUCUCUGCCAUGUACACCUCAAGGCUGUUGCUCUACAGAAAAGAAAACAAAGAUAGAGAGAAGGAUGAUCUUGUAGGCAGUCCCAGGAUGUGUCUAUUAAUAGUGACCCAGUCAGCAUUGGUAUUGAUUAAAUGCCAACAAAUCUUCACUGUUUGCUCAUAUUUGCUGCUGCUAAGGCAGGGCUGCCUCUCUUAGGACAUGAGGAGAGAGAUGGUAAAACCCAUAUAGUGUUGCCAAUCUAAUUUUCUGCAAAACAUAUGUCUAGGUCUUUAUUAGGGACCACUUUUUAAAGCUUUAUUCAGGUUUAUUUAUAAUUGACAUACAACAAAAUGAACUUAUCUGAUGUGGACUCUUUGGUGAGCUCUGACGUACACAUAAAGCUAUGACACUGUCACACUGAAAUGAAACUUAUCUGUCACCCAUAUAAGGGUGGAGAAAAUUUAGGUUUACAGUUGUUAGUUUGCAAAACACAAAUUUUAGUCUUGUAUUAUCAUUUAUUAAUUGUUGUAGUAUUUUCCAUAAAAACAACAGUGAACUUUCAUUUGCCCCACCAUCUAUUUACCUCCUGCUUUUUUUUCUUAAGAUUUUAUUUAUUUACUUUUAGAGAGAAGGGAUGGGAGGGAAAAAGAGAGGGAGAGAAACAUCAAUAUGUGAGAUCACAUCUCAACUGGGGA